AUGGCGCGCGUCGUAGAAAAGGAAGCCCACGGUACACCCGUUGAACGUUUCGAUGGUAAGGACUUACCUGGUGAACAGGAACUAUCGUUCUGCCACUGGAUGGAAUCAGGCAUCGGUGGUAACGAAUGGGAAAUGAUUCAUAUCGGAUUGCUGCACUUUGAACCAUCUGAAGGACAAGCAUAUCAUAAAAAGAACAGGGGCCUGGGUGUGAGGCUAUUGGAAUGA